GAUCGAGCCCUGGAGGUUGACUGUCCUCCUUAUCUCUGUCGCAUUGCUUAGGAGGAUUCCCCCUAUAAUGCUUCUCUACAAAUGGAUACCAGAAAUAAGCUCAUGGCAAGAGGCCCUUUUCUCCGGCCAUUUUGGUAGCUAAGCAAAGUACUAUCAAGGAAUUUUCCAACACUGACUUUAUGGUAAUGUAGGACCAGUAAGCCCUGCCAGUCUUAUCUUCAGCCUGAACGUUCUCAAUUUAUCCCCAAGAUGGGAGUCGGUGCUGUUUUCAUAUCAACUUUAGCACUUUCUGAACUAGCAACCCCUCACAACCCACCACAAAACCAAGAAGAUCUGCUGGCAUUAUAUAUCCAACCUGUGGUAGCGUUUGUUGUCCUAGGAUCGAUUAUCAUCCACGGUCUCUCCAUUCCCUUUUUCUCCUUCGGAAAAGGUGUACAUGGUCGGACCCUUUCGCUGUCCGCUACGUUGAAUGGGACUGGUACCGUUCCUGACUGGGUAUUUUGGGCUCGUCCGGCCCCUGUUAUCGCGGUUAUGACGUCCUCGUCUGAACAAGGUGAUAUCGAGAGGAACCUCGGAGUAGAUCUAGAUAUUUCUGCAGUAAGUUCGGCACGACCCAGUCCUCGGCUGGGUAUAUCAAUGCUUCCGUUGCAACGACAAUCGAGCGACCACAAUUCUAAUGCGCACCUUGCUGAAAAUAAGGCCCAUCUCGAGUCACAGGGAGUCAGGUUUACACAAUGACGCCAGCACGGGAUUUCUUGGAGAAUUACGGAGGGAUUCAGAAUAGCUACAUACUGUUUAAGUCGUAUGUUUUGAAUCUACAAUGGGUCCACAGUGUCCACAACGUUUAGAAGCA